CCGCCUUGUAUGUGACCCAUAAUCCACCGCUCUUCCUUUCCCACAUUCACCGUACAGAAUGGCACCUAAGAAGGGCGAGAAGAAGAAGGGCCGCUCCGCCAUCAAUGAGGUGGUGACCCGCGAGUACACCAUCAACAUCCACAAGCGCAUCCAUGGCAUCUCGUUCAAGAGGAGAGCUCCUCGCGCUCUGAAGGAGAUCCGUAAGUUUGCCAUGAAGGAGAUGGGCACGCCUGACGUCCGCAUCGACACCCGCCUCAACAAGGCCGUGUGGGCCAAAGGAGUCAGGAAUGUGCCGUACCGCAUGCGUGUGCGUCUGUCCAGGAAACGCAACGAAGAUGAAGACUCCCCAAACAAGCUGUACACCCUCGUCACAUACGUCCCCGUCACCACCUACAAAGGUCUUCAGACUGUAAAUGUGGAUGAAAAUUAAGUCUCUCUUCAUGCUUGUUGGAAUAAAAACAUAAAAGGA